AUGGCUUCGCAAGCAGAUCAUGCGAAUGACGAGAACAACAAGAAGUUGCAUGAGAUAUCCACGCCUCAGUCGUUGAAACCACAGAAAGCGAUAAAGGCUCCAACCUCAACGUCGUCUUCAAAGAAAAAGAAGUCACCUCCCAAAUCUACCAAGAAAGUAUGCGCUUGUGGCCGCGGAAUGGCCUGUGCCGGCAUGACACAAGCCUUUCGAUUGUUGGGAGAUGUUCGAUGUCAUUUUGUGGAAUUGCCGCGGUACAGAGAAAACCCACCUUCCUUCAAGUAUCAGUUUCGCAACAAUAUGCGAGCUGCGUACAUUCGCAAUCUCCAAAAGUGCAAUGCUGAUUUGAAUGAGGCAGAGUUUGAGGACGCCAAGAAGCGCCGGUUCGUGGCCCUGCACCACUUUCAACCGCAAGUCGUCAAAGCCUUUUACGAGAACCCAAUGACCUACUCCAAAUUGCACAGGGUUCCCAUUAGUAUUACCGAACAUGAAGUCAAGGAAAUGAGCAUUCAAGUUGGGGAAGAAGAUCGGAUAUUGUCCGCCAAUGGAAAUCCCACGGGUGGUUUCUACUUUUGUCCCAAUUACGCGCCCACCGAUGUCCACCAAGACUUGAAGGAUUUGGUGCGUAGCAAACGUCUCUUCAAUGAGACCAAGUCGACACCUCAAAAGGAAACACCACCCAAGCCAAAAGAAGUCCAAUUUCCAAGCUAUUCCAAUGCUACCGGGACUCCUGAAAAGAAGUCCAUCAACAAGCAUUUGCAAGAUCAACGCAAACAACGAGAGGUUACACCGCGAAAGGAAGAGGUGGAUCAACAUUUGCAAGAACAACGAAAUCAACGACAACAACAACAACAACAAACGCCGAAAAAGGAAGGGCCUGCAGCAGCAGAUGACAGCAGUACCGAAGAAGAUGAUUUGGAAGAUCAAACUACCAAUGACUUGGAAGAAGUUCCUUCCAAAGAUUUUGAUGAUAUAGUGACCAAUGCAGAACCUUCUGGCGAUGCUUCCAAUUUUGAUGACUUGUGGAAGGAUGAACGUGGUGCACAAGAUGAGAAUGAUACUGUUGAUGACGCAGAAAGACCAAAAGAUGACACUGCUACGGACGACGAACGAGAAGGUCCUGCUGAGGAUUCACCGCCCCAACGACGAAAAUCUGACAUGUCGGCCUUGACCACUGAUGAAAAUGAUGAAGUGAGUCAAGCAGUAUUGUCUGCAAAUGCAACCAAACCAGAAGAUUGGGAAGAAAACAAGGGAGACAAAUCAUCAUCUGGUGAUAACAUUGAUCAAGAUGAGAAGGAGAAGGAAAAAGCCCGACUACCCCACCAUGAAUCAAUAGACAAGAGGAUAAAACAGAAUGAAGAGGUUGGGCGCGAACAGUCAAUAGAAAGAGAACUUUUCCCAGCAGAUCCGACAGCAGCGUCGCAAAAGAGGGAAGAAAACCAUGAUUUGGACAAUGAUAUGCUUGCUCCAGCGCCAUCGGGAGAGGAUGACAUGUCCAACAGUAGCAGUCCGUCGAAGCUUGUUGCAAGAAACUCGGAUCACCCAUGGGAUUUAUCCAAGUAUAGAACAGUCGAGUUGGAAACUCGCACAAAGAGGUCAUCAGCGGCAUUUAUUGAUCCCACUACUCCGACACAAUCUAAAGACGAAUCGUGCGAUAGCGCCGAGUCGCCACGAAAGACACCAGCUGGAAUGGACAUUAUUGAAGAAGGUCCCAAAGAGUCAUUGGCUGACGUUGGUGUGGACGAUAGCCAUCGGAGUAACCCCAACAGUGAUGAGGCUCCCCAACAACAAUAUCUCGACUUUUAUGAUGACGAAGAAGAUGUCAAGGCUAGGAACAAGUAUAAUGCAUCCUUUGCGCUCAGUCGGUCCAAAUCGGAAGAGUCUGGAGAAGAAUCGAAAGCUGACGUUUCCUUUUCCAGUGAAGGAGGGGGGAUCUCACCAAACGCGAUUGGUCUGACAUUCGAAAUGCCAGGAUCGGAUCCAACCCUUCGCAUCCAAGUUCACAACGACCUGAUUGCCUUGGAGUCUAGGCGGCGGUCCGACAUUUCGACGCUUUUGAACUAUCACAAAGAACAGUGGCAAACUGCCCGGGAUAUUUUGCUGACGGGGGUUCACAAUGUUGAAUUUGCCGAGAGAUUGGUUUCUGGCUUUGCCCAAGCGGGAAUGUUGUUUGCAGACUCCUUGGAGGCCAUUUCCGAAGAUCGGUUCUUGGACGAUCGUGGCAAGACUGUCAAGUCUUCCUUUGUCCAAAAUCGACUGAAACAGAGGCGGAGUACACAAGAAUAUUCCAUUGAGAAUCGAGUCAAGGAUGACGAUUUUGGACAAUCGGCAUUGUUGAAAGCCUUGAUCGAAUCCCAACUCACCAUGGCACAAACAAUUGACGAAAGCGCUGAAUAUUUGAUGGAUAUGAUGCUUCCCGAGGUGACCGAUUUGAAGGAGGAUAUCCAAGCGACGGCUGCAGAGCUCGAGAUGCUUGGCGGGGGCAUUGUCAGACAGCUGAUGACUUCGGAAAUCGAGGUCAAGAACAUUUGGGAUGUUUUUGACGCACUCGUCACGGGUGACCUUAUGGAGUACAGUGUGCACGGUAGUUCUCACGGCAGCAUGCAUGGAGGAAGUUUCCACAGCGUUGGUUCCACAAGUCUGCACGGAAUGAUACCGGAUUCGGCUUCCGUUGCAUCUACUGGUACUUCGCCGAUUAAAAGCAAAUUCAAGCAGCUAGGCUCUCUUGGCAGCAUUGAAGAUGGCUGGCUUGUAGAAUUGAUUUACAAGUCGGCAAUAUCGUGCCAGAAAAAAGUGUUUGCAAUGGCGGAAACCGAACUGAGCAAACUGUACAAAGAAAUCUCCAUAUUCGAAGAGAGGCGUCUUCAAAAGUUGCACCCUCUGAUGAUUGCCUUUGUUCCGCGGCAAAGACGUCUCUUCAGCGCAAUGCCGGAUGCUUUCAAGGGUGUACUGGAUGACUUGGUUGGAAUGCGAAUUGACGAAGAAUCGCUGCAAAAGCACAUUGAUGACACUCUCAAAAAUAGGUCCAGAGACCGACUUGCGGGAUCUCAAAAGCAUAGAUCAUCUAUUAUGAAUCGAUCUCGACUACAAACUGCCAAGGACUCGCCUGAAGAUGUCACCGAUAUAGAACGACUGUACGGAAGCCCAUUCUUCAGUUCCAUGAUUGUCUUGUCCAGAGUAUUGGAGUUAAAACCAUUUGGACUGGGGAGUAUCGUUAAGGCUAGCUACAAGCUCGCUUUGGUUGUUGUGACCAGUGAUGGUAAUUUUCAUGUGUUUUCGAUGCCACCUGGAGCCGAUGCAUCGCUGGAUCAGUCUCCGUUGGAAGUUUUUCGGUUAUUAUACCCGUCAAUGGAAUUUGAGUCAGCGGCAGACUGGAGGAGGAAAGCGGAUAUAGCGAAACAGUUAACUCCAUCCGUGUCGCUGGACUUGAGGGCGUGCACCAUUCGCGUUUCAAAUAUUCGUAAGAAGGAACUUGACGUAAUUCAAGAAAAAGAAAUGCAGCAACGAAACAGCUUCUUCGGAAAGAAGAUUAUGAAGGCUGUGAAAGAUGGUGGUCAAGGCCCAACCAAGUGUACAUUGCGACUGCCUACCACUAUAGAUGCUGUCGAAUUGGCUGACGUGUUAACAAAUACCAAGAAUGGUUUGAGUCAGAAAUCCAAGCAAUGGAAAUAG